AUGGCCGCCGUCCUCGACGCCGAGAACCCAGACUUCGGGGUGUACCUCGGCGCCCUCGUGACGGCGAACAACCUAACGAUCCCCAACGCGAGCCUGUACUGGGACCGCGCCCUCUCCGCCGCCCGAGGCCGCGGCAUCCCGUGGGCGACGGUGUUCGGCAACCACGACGACAUGCCCUUCGAAUGGCCGCCCAAGUGGUCCCCCCCCGACGGCGUCCCGCCGUUGCGCUGCCCGCCGCCGCCGACGAGCACGCCGGAUUCAGCUUUGAGGACUCCCCGGAUCGACCUCAUGGCGGUGGAGGUCGGUGCCAACAGGCUGUCCUACUCGUCCAGCGGCCCCAUGGAGCUGAGGCCAGGCGUCUCCAACUACGUUCUGCAGGCAGUGUUUGUUGGGCACAACCACGGGCUGGACUGGUGCUGCCCCUACGAGGAGCUGUGGCUGUGCUUCGCACGCCACACGGGGUACGGGGGAUACGGUGACUGGCCCAGAGGAGCGAGGAUCAUUCAGGUCACGGAGGAACCCUUAUCGGCCGUGUCAUGGAUACGGAUGGAGAACGGGAGCAGGCACAGCGAUGUUACGCUAAGCUCCUGA